AUGUCAAAAAGAUUGGACAGUAUCAAUCCUGCUGCAACCUCGAGAGCAGCACCAUCAGGGGUGAAACCAUCCCUGAAGUUCAAGCCGAAGAUUGUUUCAAGAAAAUCAAAAGAGGAAAGAGAGAAUGCAGGUAAGAUAAACACUCCGGGGGUUAAUAGGAUAGCUGAGAAAAAGAACAGAAUGCUAGCAAAUAAAAAGCCGGGAGCUGGACCUAAAUCAAGGAAAGUAAAUGGACAAUUGGUGAUGUCUGGGCCGUUAUCUGAAGGUACAAUCUCAUUGGGGGGAGUUAGUGGCGGUGUCUCAAGCACCAGAACUAGUGGGGCUUCCAAUCCCUUACUAGAGAGACUCAAGGCCAAGGCAAAUAAAAAAUUCAAAGUUAAAAAGGAAGAUGAAGAUGAUGAAAAGAAAUUAUCCAUGCACUACGAUGACGAAGAUGAAGAUUCCGAUAUUGAUGAUAAUGCUAUCGAUAUGAGUAAAAAAAGUAUAUUGGAUAGCAGAGAUGGAGAUGGGGAUAUUGAUUUGGAUCAACUUGAUACCGAUUUGUUUCCUAUUCGUGCUGAAAGAAACGAGCAUAGGGAAUAUGGCGAAGAAGCUAAAACUGAUAAGACAAUAAAAACUGAAUUUCAUAAUGCUGCGUCUGUAAUACCUUCAGAACCAGGAACCAGAGAAACCACAGCUUUAAGUGGAGGCGAUGUAAGGUCCAGGUCAGCAACUCCCGGUGCAAAUACCCUUUCCACUCUGGACAAUGCUGAUGAUGGUUUACAUAUGAAUGACUUCCAAGAAAAGCAGGAAAUUAAGGGAAUGAAUGAAGACUAUUCGGCUCUAGCCAAAAGUUUAAAGACUUUGAAUAUAAAAGAGGGUGGUUUGAAAAAUAUGUUUUUCCUACAAUUACCGUGUUCAUUGCCUGUACUUGAAAAUGGAACCGAUGGUAUGGUUGGUAAAAUUAGGAUUCAUAAAUCAGGUAAAAUGACAAUGAAAAUUGGGAAAGUGAAGUUUGAAAUCAGUCGCGGAGGAUCUUCUGACUUUGUUCAAGAGGUUGUUAUGGUUGAUCCUGAAAAUGGAAACUGCUAUCACGUUGGUAGUAUUAAGGAAAAAAUCACAGCUAUACCAAAAAUUAUGUGA